AAGGUGGUGGGUAGGAAACUAAUUCCCAGGUUUCCUGUGUCGCAAGGCCUGAUGGGACAGGUAGUUUUGCGCACGGCUCCUCCCUUCUGAGACUUCAGUAGUCUCCUGACCAGAGAAAUGGAGUUGGAACAGAGAGAAGGGACCAUGGCAGCCGUGGGCUUUGAAGAGUUCUCAGCGCCACCAGGCUCAGAGCUGGCUCUGCCUCCCUUGUUUGGUGGCCACAUCCUAGAAAGUGAGCUAGAGACAGAAGUGGAAUUUGUGUCCGGUGGUCUGGGCGAUUCAGGACUCCGGGAGCGGGAUGAAGAGGAAGAGGCAGCCCGGGGUCGCAGGCGUCGCCAACGGGAAUUAAACCGUAGAAAGUACCAGGCACUAGGUCGGCGCUGCCGGGAGAUCGAGCAGGUGAAUGAGCGAGUCUUAAACAGGCUCCAUCAGGUGCAAAGGAUAACUCGGAGACUCCAGCAGGAGCGCAGAAGAUGCCCCAGUGCCUGUAUCUCUGUCCACACAGAUUCCUCAUGCGAGUGCUGGACUCAUACGGGGAUGACUACCGGGAUAGCCAGUUCACCAUUGUGUUGGAGGAUGAUGGCAGCCAAGGCACUGAUGUCCCUACCCCAGGCAAUGUUGAGAAUGAACCUCCAGAGAAAGAGGGACUUUCCCCACCACAAAGGACAACUGCAACCCUAGACCCCAGCAGCCCAGCCCCUGGCGAGGGGCCCAGUGGGCGGAAGAGGCGGCGGGCACCACGAGCAGCAUCUUCAUUGACUCCAGAACUGGCCCCAGUGCAGGUGGGAGCCGAGGGCUGGGGCCAAGGCGUGGUGAGAAUUCUGGGCUGGGCUUUGGGGGGAUCCGGGACUGGGGAGGGUUAAGCAGACUGACAACACUGGGUUGAUAGUAGAUAGGGUGGAGGAGUUGGAAAAUCAGGCUAGUGCUUGAAGAAGAAAAUAGGAACAGCAGAUGAGGAAGUCAGCUGAGGGAUGGUUGCCAGUGUUGCCUGAUUGUGGAAAGUAUAUAACCUGGGAAAACAUUGCCCACAGGCUGAUGUGUAUGUUUGGGGGCAGUAUGUCCCCUAGGUCUCCAUGUCCACUCACGUCUUGUUCCUUAUCUUUUCAGAUUAAGGUCGAGGAAGACUUUGGCUUUGAAGCAGAUGAGGCCUUGGAUUCAAGUUGGGUUUCCCGAGGGCCAGACAAAUUGCUACCCUACCCUACCCUAGCUAGCCCACCCUUUGACUAACCCUGUCUCCCCAAUAAACAGAUUCCCCAUGUA